CACACCACCAUUAUGCCUGCCCAAGUUAUGUCCGUCAAUGGAGGUUCCGCCCAUGACAUUCCGGCUAAGCUCACCGGUCAAGUUGUCGUUUGUUCCAUCAUUGCCGCAUGCGGUGGCCUUAUGUUUGGUUACGAUAUCGGUAUUUCAGGUGGAGUGACAUCCAUGGAUGUGUUCUUGAAAAAGUUUUUUCCAACGGUUUUUGAAAGGAAACAUCAUGCCAAAGAAAACAACUAUUGUAAGUUUGAUGAUCAGCUCCUCCAACUGUUCACGUCGUCUCUCUACCUUGCUGCCGUAGUUUCUAGUCUUAUCGCGUCCUCGUGUUGCAAAAAAUAUGGACGCAGAAUCACCAUACGACUAGCUUCUAUAUUCUUUCUAAUCGGGGUACUUCUUAAUGCCGCUGCCAUGAACCUCAUGAUGCUCAUCUUUGGACGGAUUUUUCUCGGUGCUGGAGUUGGAUUUGGUAACCAGGCUGUGCCGCUAUUCAUAUCAGAGAUUGCACCACCAAACUACCGAGGGGGGCUAAACGUCUGCUUCCAGUUGUUAGUCACCUCAGGGAUCCUAUUUGCAAACAUAGUAAACUAUUUCACCUCGGGCCACCCAUAUGGGUGGAGGAUUUCAUUAGGUGGUGCCGCCGUCCCAGCUCUAUUUCUAGCCUUUGGGUCCUUGGCAAUCGUUGAGACGCCCACAAGCCUCAUUGAGCGUGGAAAGCCAGAACUCGGGUUGGUCACUCUUAGAAAGAUCCGAGGGGUUGAAGACGUGCAGAAAGAAUACGAUGAAAUAGUAGCCACCACAGAGUUAUCCAAACAGAUCAAAAGCCCAUGGAAGAACUUGAUGAAGAGAAGAAGCCGUCCUCAGCUUAUAACCUCGGCACUUCUUCAAAUAUUCCAACAGUUUACUGGUAUCAAUGUGAUCAUGUUUUAUGCACCUGUUCUGUUUCAGACUAUGGGGUUUCAUAGUGACGCGUCUCUGCUGUCCGCUGUUGUGACUGGGGUCAUUAAUGUGUUUGCUACAUUGGUUGCGGUUUUUACUGUUGAUAGAUUUGGAAGAAGGGUUUUGCUUAUUGAAGCUGCCAUCCAAAUGCUUAUUGCUCAGGUUGCAUCAGGAUGUAUACUAGCAUCAAUGUUGAAAACUACAGGUUCUAUACCAAAGACAUACUCAUACGUGGUGCUCGCGUUGAUAUGUGUAUUCGUAGCAGGGUUCGCGUGGUCAUGGGGCCCUUUAGGGUGGUUAAUCCCUAGCGAAAUAUUCCCACUCGAGACAAGAACAGCCGGUUUCUUUGUUGCUGUUAGCAUGAACAUGAUAUUCACUUUCCUCAUCGCGCAAGCGUUUCUCACAAUGCUUUGUCAUAUGAGAGCCGCGAUCUUUUUCUUCUUUUGUGCGUGGAUCGUGAUCAUGCUUAUUUACGCUAUAGCCUUUUUGCCCGAGACCAAAGGGGUGUCGAUAGACGAAAUGAACGACAAGGUUUGGAAGAAGCAUUGGUUUUGGAAGAGAUAUUUCGAUGAUGAACGUGAACAAGCCCGGGACAAGCCUUGA